UAGAAAUAUCUCGAUCCCAUGUAUUUGGAUAGGGGGAAUCAGUCGCCUCUGAACUUUCCAAAUUAAUUUAGAUGUAGAAUCUCUGUUUGAAGAAAAACUACUUCAUCGAUAAUUGCUCGGAUGGUAUCAAAGUUUUUGAUGGACCAGGCAUUAAUGACGCCGAGUGUACUACAAAAGUUAAAAAAAAAUAUAUCUGAAUUAUGGCUGAGAAUACUUCUUUACGAAGGUCUAAUCGAUUUCAAUCUCAUUAUUCAACAGAAUGUGAUAAUAUAUCUUCCCGUUUAAGAAACAAGAAAGCUGAAUCAGGUGAAACACCAUCAACUCCGAGUACAAAAAAAGGAUCAAAUCAAUCAACAAAAUCAACUCUUCAUGGAAAAUCACCGAGUCCAAAGAAGUCUGCAAUUGAAACUCCAAAUCGAAGAGGCAGAUGGAAAACAUCUCAAGAACCAAAAUCCGAUGGAGAAUCAUCAUGUUAUGAAUGCAUGUCUUCAAAAAGUAAUAAUACAUUGAAAAUGCCCAACAAGAGACAGUCUAAAAAAGUUAUUAAAGAAUGGCAAAAUAAUGAAAACCAAACAUUUCUCAAUUUCGAAGUAGAUCUUGAAAGAGAGUUACCAAGCAUAGAAGAAAAAAUUCAAAAACCUACUACAUUAUUUGAUAACGAAGAUGUUAGUGGUAAUUGUAUGUAUGGAUUUCCAACUUUAGCAAAAAAGAAUGCUAUGACAGAGAAAGCUUUAUUAUCACGAACUUCAAAUAUUCCACGAGUAAUGCUUGAAAAAAUUGAUGAUAAAUCAAUUAAUGAUUCUUUGUCUCCCAGUCAAAAAUUUACUGCAGCAAAAAGUACACGAUCAGCUAGAAAGCGACCGGGUCAUUUUUCGAGUGAAAGCGAAUCUGUGUCAGAAGGUAAUGAAUUUGAGCCUUCAAGUGAAAGCGAUACUUGCACAGAAGAAGAAAAUAUAAAUUCAGAUGUCGAAAAUAAAUAUGAAGGAAAUAUAACACCCAAAAAGAAGGUCAAAAGUGCUUCUAAGAAAGUACAUGUUCCGAUUACACCAUGUAGGAGAGGCAGGUCUAAGAAUAAAAUUACUUAUGAAGAUUAUCAUUUACAAUCAGAGGAGUAUUUUCAAACCCAAGGAGAAAAAAUUUUAACUUCUGACCAUACUCUUAAUAAAUUAAAAAAUCGUCAUUUAGAUGAAGGAAAGUUACAAGAAUUAUUAAAAAAUCAAACCAGUCUUUCAGAGUCACAUAAACAGGGUAUUUAUAAAUUAAAUGAAAACCACAAAUCGAUGUUUCCUAUGUGGUAUCAGAUAUUAGAAGAAGGAUAUAGCUUAUUACUCUAUGGACUUGGAUCUAAGAGAAAUUUAAUUAAUGAUUUUCAUAAAGAAGUUAUAUCAGAUUAUCCCACAUUAAUAGUAAAUGGUUUUUUUCCAAGUUUGACUAUCAAAGAUAUCUUAGAUGGCAUCAUCACUGAAUUAAUAGAGACUGAGUGUCUAGCCAAUCCUAGUGAAUGCAUUAAUAUAAUUGAAGAAACUAUGGCUGCAAAUCCGGAGAAUCGUCUUUAUGUACUUAUCCACAAUAUCGAUGGUCAAAUGUUACGUUCAACUAAAGCUCAAGAUGUUCUUUCACGUUUGGCUGCAAUUGAAAAUGUUCAUCUUGUUACAUCAAUAGAUCAUAUUAAUGCUCCUUUAAUCUUUGAUAAUGUCAGAAGAGCUAGAUAUAAUUUUUAUUGGUUGGAUACAACAACAUUAUUGCCAUAUGAAGCAGAAACUUCAUAUGAAAGUUCACUUCUUGUUAAUCAGAGUGGCGCACUCGCCCUCUCAUCAUUAAGCAAUGUUUUUGCAUCUUUAACAACAAAUGCUAAGGCAAUUUACAUCAUUCUCGUUAAGUAUCAACUUGAACAUGGAAAAAAGAGUACUUAUUCAGGAAUGGCAUUCAAAGAUUUAUAUCAAAGUGCACGAGAAGACUUCUUAGUGGUUUCAGAUGCAGCAUUACGAUCACAUCUAACUGAAUUCCUCGAUCAUAAACUUGUGAGGAUAAAAAGAAAUAUUGAUGGUGUCGAAUAUUUAGACAUUCCUCUAGACAAUGCCUUGUUACAAAAAUUUAUUGAUGAUCAAUCAGCUGAAUAAUAAUAGGAACUGAAUAAUUUGUUUUUUAUAUCAUAUAUAAAUAAAAAUAUUUAAUACUUUUCUAUCUGAAAAU